UUUCCUUCCGAGUGCUGCCUGCCGCCGGGCAUCCAGGAGACCAGCGGACAGGAGGCAGAGCUGCAGCCCAUUCUGGGGACCCUGCCUCGCCCUUCCGAGGGGUCUGCGCCUCCUGGGAGAGGGUGGGUCUCCGGGACAAGGGUCGGUGGUGGAUGGCUCUGGGGUCGCUCCUGAAGCUGUGCCGUCCCCCUGCCGUGCAGGUUGGAGGGUCAUUGCAGAGGCUGCUUGUGGUCCCGGGGCAGGGACCAAGGGAGCCUGCACCAGAGACCCAUGUGGGACCCAAGGACACAGCCGCCCUGCUGAGAGCGCGGCGGCCCCUCCCUGGAAACCGUGACCUCGCGGCGACGACGGUGGCCCUCGGCCCUCCGCCUCCGGCCGGGGCGGGGGGCGCCCAUCUCCAAGUCCCCAGCCAUGACGACCUCCGCGCUGCGGCGCCAGGUGAAGAACAUCGUGCACAACUACUCGGAGGCGGAGAUCAAGGUGCGCGAGGCCACCAGCAAUGACCCCUGGGGCCCGCCCAGCUCGCUCAUGUCUGAGAUUGCGGACCUGACCUUCAACACGGUGGCCUUCGCCGAGGUCAUGGGCAUGCUCUGGCGGCGGCUCAACGACAGCGGCAAGAACUGGAGGCACGUGUACAAGGCGCUGACGCUGCUGGACUACCUGCUCAAGACGGGCUCGGAGCGGGUGGCCCACCAGUGCCGAGAGAACCUCUUCACCAUCCAGACGCUGAAGGACUUCCAGUACGUCGACCGCGACGGCAAAGACCAGGGCGUCAACGUGCGCGAGAAGGUCAAGCAGGUGAUGGCCCUGCUGAAGGACGAGGAGCGCCUGCGGCAGGAGCGGACCCACGCCCUCAAGACCAAGGAGCGCAUGGCGCUGGAGGGCAUGGCCAUGGGCAGCGGGCAGCUGGGCUUCAGCCGCCGCCAGGGUGAGGACUACGGCCGCUCGAGGGGCUCUCCGUCCUCCUACAAUUCUUCCUCCUCAUCUCCCCGCUACACCUCAGACCUGGAGCAGGCCCGGCCCCAGACGUCGGGAGAAGAGGAGCUGCAGCUGCAGUUGGCCCUGGCCAUGAGCCGCGAGGAGGCUGAGAAGCCAGUCCCCCCAACCUCCCUCAGGGAUGAGGACCUGCAGCUGCAGCUGGCUCUUCGCCUGAGCCGGCAGGAGCACCAGAAGGAGGUGAGGUCCUGGCGGGGAGAUGACUCCCCCAUGGCCAAUGGUGCUGGGGCUGCAGCCCCCCGUCGGAGGGAAAGAGAGCCCGAGAGAGAAGAGAGGAAGGAGGAGGAGAAGCUGAAAACCAGCCAGUCCUCCAUCCUGGACUUGGCGGACAUCUUCGCACCCACCCCUGCCCCGCCCUCCACACACUGCUCCGCCGACCCAUGGGACAUCCCAGGUCUCAGGUCCAACACAGAGCCCAGCGGCUCCUCCUGGGGGCCUUCCGCAGACCCCUGGUCUCCAGUCCCCUCGGGAGGCAUCCUGUCCCGAAGCCAGCCGUGGGACCUGCCCCCUACGCUUUCCUCCUCUGAACCCUGGGGCCGGACCCCAGUGCUGCCUGCUGGAGCCCCCGCUACAGACCCCUGGGCACAGAAUUCCUCCCCCAGCAAACUCCCCAACACUGGGGCUGACCCCUGGGGGGCCUUGGUGGAAACGUCCAACACCCCUGCUCUAGGUGGCACCUCGACCUUUGACCCAUUUGCCAAACCUCCAGGAUCCACAGAGACCAAGGCGGGGCUGGAGGGUGCCCAGGCCCUGCCCUCGGGGAAGCCCAGCAGCCCUGUGGAGCUGGACCUGUUCGGAGACCCCAUCCCCAGCUCCAAGCAAAAUGGCACCAAGGAGCCAGAUGCCUUUGACCUGGGGAGAGUGGGGGAAGCCCUAACCCAGCCCAGCCAGGAGGCCCGCGCUCGCACACCCGAGUCCUUCCUGGGCCCCUCGGCCUCCUCCUUGGUCAACCUUGACUCCUUAGUCAAGACGCCCCAGGCUGCAAAGACCCGGAACCCCUUCCUGACAGAUCUCAGCGCUCCAUCCCCCACCAACCCGUUUGGCGCAGGCGAGCCGGGCAGGCCGACCCUGAACCAGAUGCGCACCGGGUCGCCCGCGCUGGGCCUUGCGGCCGGCAGGCCCUUGGGGGCGUCCUUGAGCUCCAUGACCUACAGCACCUCCCUGCCCCUCCCCCUGAGCAGCGUGCCGGCCGCCGCGACCCUCCCCGCCUCCGUCAGCGUCUUCCCGCGGGCCGGGGCCUUCACGCCGCCCCCCGCGAGCCUGCCGCCGCCGCUGCUCCCCUCCUUGGACUCAGCCGGGCCGCUGCACCCCGCCCCGCAGGCCGGCACCAACCCCUUCCUCUGAGCACCUGCCGGCCGGCCGGCUGAGGCCCGGGACCGCGCCCACCUGCUCCCCAGACUUUGGGGCGAGGCUAGGAUCCGCUGGGGAAGCCCUACGGCGACCCAGAUGCUUGGGAGGCCCUGGAGCUAGAGACAGACCACUGGACUGCUCGGGGCGAGGCCACGUCCCCGCAAUAAAGACUGGAACCCAGGGUCUCGCUCUCACCAAGUGGACUCUCUGCGGGACGUGGCGGCCAGGUCUGGACCACACCGCGAAGCGCCGGCUGCUGUGGCGAUCGCCCCCCUUCCCGCACAGCCCCCGCAGCCUGGCUCUGUCGCUCCCAGAUGCUCCCUCAGCCCUCGCUCACUUGAUCAUUUCCAUUCAUUUGUCGUGCAUGGGCGUCUGGUUGAUGGGACAGCGAGGAACCCACUUACUACGCACUCACUGCUAAGCACUUUAGGCAGAUUACUUGCUUUAAUUCUUGCAGCCGCCCUCUGAAGUAGGUAACAUGACUCCCAUUCAGGACUACCUACGUUAUUUGCGGGGCCCAGCCCCCAAUGAAAAUGCAGGGCCCCUUGCUCCGAAAUUGGGUUACGAAGGUCAAAAUGCAGACAGCAGAGCAUUAAACCCAGUGCAAAACCCAUUGUAUGGAGGAGGAGACUGAGGCUCAAAGUCACCAAGCUAGCCCUGAGUGGGGCCGGCACUCAGCGUCAGACCGUUUGGCUCCGCUGGCUUGGAGGCCCCAGGCUGCACAGCAGGCUUAAUCGGCAAAUAUUGACAGACUGUCGUGAACCAAGUGCUGGGCUUGACUGUGGAGAAAUGACUAAGCAUCCCUAAGCCCACAGCCUCCCGGAGCUCAGAACUCAGGGGCAGGCGAGCCAGGUACAGGAGCCCCCAGGCUCCUUGGUUUUACUGAGUCCCCUUCAACCCGCUCGGCCCUCCUCUCCUUCCCAGGGCUGGCAGUAAACCCCAUCUCAGCCACGCAGAAGGGGCCUAUGCGGGAUCUGGGAAACCAAGGGGGGGGGGGCUGUUACCUCAUCCUGGGAGCACCCCGGUCACCACCCCUCCUUUUCUACUCAAUGCUCUGCAACCACUGGGCCACCAGACACUGAUGCGACCUUAGUGCUCAGGGUCUGGCCCCGCAGGCUGCCAGCCCCACCCCCUCUGGGGUGCAGGGAGACAGUAGCCUUCCAUAGGCCAGAAACACCGAAGUUGGGGUUUCGGGAGACACACGGUGCUGCUCUCCUUCCUAAGGCUGGGGUGGGGAAAGGGGCCGCUUCUUGUUUUGCAAGGAGUCCCACCGUGGCUGGGAAAGGCGGGACGGACAAGAGCACCUACUUAGGAGUCAGACUGACAAGAGUUCAAACUCUGCUCCAAGAUUUGCACACGGUAAUUAAUAAUAAUAAUAUAAUCACUUAGUAAUAAGUGGUUAUGCUCCCUGGCCUUGAGUAAAUUACUUAACCUCU